AACAGUGCAGGAGGGAAGGUGGGGGGGUGGGGUGGGGACUGGGCCGGUCGGGUAGAAGAACAAGUUAAAAAGAGGGUUAGGCUGUGUUGUUGUGGGUUCCCAUGGCAUGCCUAGACAUGUUCAACAGCGAGCACCAAGGUCUCUGCGCUCCCAUGAGCCCCAGAAUCUCCUUCUCCAACGAUUUCGUCGACGCCCAACAAAUGAUCAAGUAUGAACGUAGCUCCAGAUCAGAAGCACCCGCCUCUUCCGAUUUUGAAUUCUCUGUCACUAACUACAACAUGAUGACUGCUGACGAGCUCUUCUUCAAGGGUCGCUUGUUGCCUUUCAAGGAUAAUUGCACCAACCAGUUGCAGAAGAUGACUUUGAGAGAUGAACUCCUCAUCGAUGACGACGAUGUACCGCCGAGGCCGCCCAAGGGUAAGUGGAAGGGUCUGCUGGGUCUGAAGAGGACCCCCCACAUUUUGUCCAAGAAAGCAGCUGAUAAGUGUGAUGCUUCCAAUUCCAUGUCCAUGGAGAGAGUAUCAGUAGCUGUUGGAGGCAAUAAGACACAGCUGCUGGUUCAUGACGAAGGCUACAUUAUUAGCAGCAAGACCUCCCAGGAGCUCUUGAGUACUGAUGGUGGACCAAGUUGCAGAGAAUAGGACUUGCCUUGAUCCAUUUCAUAACGGGGUCGUUGUAGAGUUAUUGGAAUUUUUUGUUCGAAGGGAGGAAGAAGGGAUCUUAAUUUCGUGUUCGUGAGCUUGUUUUAACUUUCAAUAUUCGUCUUUCCCUUUUUUUUUUUCUUUUUUGGUUUUCAUGUUCUUUUUUUUUUUUUCCUGAGGUUGGUGUUUGGCUGUUCUAUGUACAAAAUAUUUUGCAGUUGAACUUCUAUUGUGUGAUGCUGUCCAUUGAUGGAUCUAACCAUGGGAGAUAAAAUGUCGCUCUAAUUGCUUUUCUUC